CGCCUGCCGCAGACACCCCGGUUCUUCUCGCUGUGCGACCGGCACACCCGACACGAUCUUUCGUAAUCUAUCUGGCCAUUCCUCCUUUCCUUCAUGGCCAAUUCGGUUUAACUGCGUUCCUCGUUUGAAAUACCAUGCUUUGGCUCGGUCUAUUGUUGUUGUGCCUGCAAAAUGUCGUUGCCUGGCACUCCGACGAUGAUUUGAUGUCCUUUGUGACCCUUCCGGAUGUGAGAGCCGUCAAAUUCAACAUCACCUACCAGGAUCGCAGUCGUGUUGCGCCGGGCUACUGGUUUGUCUCGCCGUAUUUACACAUCUCACCGGAUGAGCCGACCAGUCUGUACGAGCAGUAUCAGGUCGGCCCGCAUAUUUAUGAUCAGGAUGGGCAACUCAUCUGGACUGGAUCGCCCAUGUUCGACAACCGCAAUGUCUUCGAUUUCAAGGUCAUUCACAGCAUCGGAAAUGAACCACACAUCUCCCUAAUUCUGCAAUACAACAACGACGGAAGCGAAAGAGGAUUUGGUAUGAUUUUGGAUAAGAAUUACGAGGUCUUCAAAAAGGUUCCUUUGCGACAAGAUCUCGGCGCUUUCGAUAUCCAUGAGUUCAACGUCCUCAAGGAUGGAAAGACCGCCCUGGUGACGGUCUACCUCAAUGAGGAAAUUUCUCUGGCGGAGUUCGGUCGUCCCGAGGAACAGACCUGGCUGGAGACAGGUGGCUUUGCGGAGAUCGACCUGAACACUGCCGAGGUGAACUAUGAAUGGAGGUCAUACAACCAAAUCCCCCUCGCGGAGACCUCAAUACUCGGAUGUGGAGGGUCCCCCGGUUGGGAUUACGUGCAUAUCAACUCGGUCGAUAAGAACGACAACGGAGAUUACCUGAUCUCGAUGCGCUUCACCAAUACGCUGUACCUGAUUUCCGGCGUGGAUGGUCAUAUCGUCUGGCGACUCAAUGGGCAGCAUAGUGGCGAUUUCGACCAGGAUUUCAUCUUCUCCAAACAACACGACGCCAAGUUUCUGGAAUCCUCGGGUACCCGCCAUGUCAUCUCGUUCCUGAACAAUGCGUCCGACGAGGAAUUCGCCGAAGAGCAGGUUUCCUCCGCUUUAAUCAUCGAGGUAGAAUCGGGUACAGUUCCCAUGACUGCUCGAGUGCUUCGCCGUUACAAUCGCCCAGAUGGCGAUCUCACCCGACUUCGUGGUAACUCACAGGUGCUUCCGAACCAGAACAUGUUUGUGUGCUGGAGCCAGGGUGGUUAUAUCUCAGAGUUCACGCCCGAGGGUGAGCCUCUCAUGAGUGCUCGAUUCACGUCCCCUCGCUACUCGAACUACCGUGCCUAUAAGUUCGAGUUCACUGGUCGCCCUCACACUCCUCCCGACGUUGUCUCGUCCGUGAUCGGUACCGACGAGUCGAAUUUGGUCACCACCUUCUGGGUCAGCUGGAAUGGUGCAACCGAUAUCGCCUACUGGAACUUCUAUGCCCAGGCCUCACAGUUCGACAAGCCUGUCUUCGUCGGCAAUGCUUUCAAAAGCGAUUUCGAGACCAUGUUCAUCGCGAAGGGAUACCUCGACUGGGUUAGUGUCGAGGCUGUCGACCGCGAUGGGAAUGCUUUCGGCAUAUCGAAGGUGCAGCGAACCAGCUUCCCUAACUGGCAGACCUCUGGAUGGAACGGGUACUCUUCCAGUCCUCGGCCUAACAACCCGGCGACCAUCUAUCGGCAAGAUAGUAGUAUCACGCCGGACGAUUGGACCAGUGACGAGGAUCUUCUCCCUACCGCGGAUGAUACUGCGGAUGCUCAACUUCGCAAGGCCACGUUGACCUUGAUGAACACCUACGAGACCAUUCGCAGUAUUGGAGGUCUCUUCGCCCUCAUCCUGCUCCUGGCCGUGAUGUGCGGUAUCAUGGCGAGCUAUUUGCUGAUUCGUGGCUGGCGGGUCCGGCUGUACCAGCGUGUUCCCAUGGAGGAAGGACUGCCCGAAGAAGAGGCUCAUCUCCGAUCGGACAGGAUAGAUUGA